ACACCCUGUAUAAAUAAAAAACCAAACAAACAUAACCAAACUUUUAAUACAUGAUCAAAAUAAUCACAUGUGAAAGUGAUUACAAUUUAUCAUACUGUUCUAAAAACCGUGUUCGAAAGUACGAAAAGUAAAAACUAAAAAUAAUACAAAAUGGGUAAAAAGAAGAAAGGACGUAGUGUUAAAAAGAAUGUUCAAUUACAACAAACUGAACCAGAAGAAUUAUUAAAAGCAAAUCAUUCAUUUGUAAUACAUCGUGGACUUCCUGGUGAUCAUAUAGUUGAAUUAACUAAAGAUUUUCGUAAAGUCAUGGAACCAUUUACGGCAUCCUCUUUAAAGGAGCGAAAAAAGAAUACAAUCAAAGAUUUCGUUUCAAUUGCUGGAGUAUUUCAUGUAUCACAUUUAUGUGUAUUCUCUCGUACAGAGCUGGGGAUAUAUUUAAAAUUGGCACGUUUACCGAGAGGACCAACACUCUCAUUUAAAGUGCAUAGUUUUUCGUUGGCUCGUGAUGUUGUUUCAUCAUUAAAGAAACAAUUAGUGUUUGAAGAAGCUUUUAAACAUUCUCCGUUGAUUAUUUUAAAUAAUUUUAGUGGGGAAGGUAUGCAAAUGAAAUUGAUGGCAACGAUGUUCCAAAAUAUGUUUCCGACUAUUAAUUUAAAUACUGUAAAUUUAAAUACUAUUCGACGAUGUGUAUUAAUGAAUUACAAUUCACAAACAAAAUUAAUCGAUUUUCGACAUUACAUCAUUAAAGCUAUACCAGUUGGUGUAUCGAAAGGUGUUAAGAAGGUCAUACAAGGAAAAGUUCCAAACUUAGCUAAAUGCAAUGAUAUAUCUGAAUUUUUCACCAAAACCGCUUAUUUAUCUGAAAGUGAGGCUGAAGAUGAUGAAAAUAGUCGAGUAACAUUAGCACAGAAAUUAUCUACACGAGGUAACAUGGAAGGUGGGGAGUCUGCAAUUCGUUUAAGUGAAAUUGGACCACGUCUAACGUUACAAUUAAUCAAAGUUGAAGAUGGUUUAAUGGACGGAGAAGUUUUAUACCAUGAAUUAGUUGUUAAAACUGAAGAAGAAAUUGCAGCAGUUCGUAAAAAACGUGAAUUAAAGAAAAAAUUGAAAGAAAAACGUAAGAAAAUUCAAGAAGAAAAUCAAAAGAAAAAAGAAGAACAAAAUAAUGAAUUAAAAGAAAAAUCAUUGAAGGGAAUGGGAAAAGAUAAGAAAAAACCUAGAUUAGAAAAUGAUAUAUUAAUGAAACGUGCACAAGCUGAAAGUAAUGAAGCUGUUAUGGGAGAAGAUGAUGACGAUGCUCAAUAUUAUCGUGAGGAAGUUGGUGAAGAGCCUGAUCAAGAUUUAUUCUCAUCACAGCACCCAAAACGUAAAUUUGAACCACACUAUAAAUCCAAAACACCAAGAGAUUCCUUUGAACCAAAAUCAAUAUUAAAAAAAGGAUACAAAAAUCGAAAUACAUCAGCUGAUUCCAGCGAACCCAAAUCAAUAUUAAAAAAAGGAUUUAAAAACCGCAAUACAUCCGCUGAUGAAAAUGUACCGAAAUCAUUCCUUAAAAAACGUUUUAAAAAUAAAGAUAAAACAAAUAGUUCGAAUCGUGAUAAACGAACAAUUGGUGGAAAUCCUAAAAAACCAGGUGGUCGUGGUGGUCAUCCAAAAUACGGUUUUAAGGCACAACGUGAACAAGAAAAUGAUACUAAACCUGAUAAAAAAUUACAUAAAGUUAAAAAUGGAAGAAUUAAUAAGAAUCACAAGAAGAAGAAUAAACGAUAACGAUGAAAAAUGAGUUAUUAAACGGAUAUAAUUUUUAAAUAUUUCAUUAAGUUAUUUUGACAUAAUAAAAAUUUUUAUGUAAAUUCUAUUAAAAUUGGUCCUGGAUUUAAUUAAGGACCAAUAAUUAAUAAAAAAAAAAAUAUUAAUAGCUAACAAUAA